AUGGCUGAAAAAGCAGUAAAUGAGCCUGCUGAGGUCGAUAAAGCCCUUCUCACGGCAGCAAGUAAUGGCCGUUUUGAAGUGGUUGUGUAUCUCGUUGGUCAAGGAGCACAGAUUGAAACUCGUGAUAAUGAUGAUGAGACACCUCUUCACUGUGCAUCACGCGAUGGUCACCUCGAUGUAGUUAAGUAUCUCAUUGGUCAAGGAGCACAGAUUGACACGUGUAGUAAUGAUGGUCAAACAGCACUUCAUUUUGCAUCACACAAUGGUCACAUCAAAGUAGUUCAAUAUCUCGUUGGUCAAGGAGCACAGUUUGAUAAGCCUAGUAACCGUGGUAACACCGCUCUUCUUAAUGCAUCAAUCUCCGGUCAUCUUGAUGUAGUUCAUUACCUCGUUGGUAAAGGAGCAGAGAUAGAAUGGGGCAAUAUGGCUGGUCGAAGACCACUUCAUCAUGCAUCAGAGAAAGGUUUUCUUGAUGUAGUUCAGUACCUCAUUAGUCAAGGAGCACAGGUGGAGAGUGGUGAUACAAAUGAAACCACACCAUUUCAUCUUGCAUCAUUCUAUGGUAAUCUUGAUGUAGUUAAGUAUCUCGUUGGUAAAGGAGCACAGAUUGAUAAGCCUAAUGAUAAGGGUAGUUUGACGGCACUUCACAUGUCAUCAAGAUCAGGUCAUAUUGAGGUAGUUGAGUACCUCAUUGGUCUAGGAGCACAGGUAGAGAUUGAGAAUGACGAUGCUAUAACAUCACUUCAUAUGGCAUCAAUGGAAGGUUUUCUUGAUAUAGUUAAAUGCCUUGUUAGUCAAGGGGCACUGGUAGAGAGAUGUGAGAAAUUUGGUUUCACAGCUCUUUACUGGGCAUCAGUCGAUGGUCAUCUUGAUAUAGUUAAAUACCUCUGUGGUCAAGGAGCACAGGUUAAUAGCGAUGGCCUGGACGGUUCCACACCACUUCUUGUUGCAUCAAGCAAUGGUCAUCUUGGUGUAGUUCAGUACCUCGUCGGGCAAGGAGCACAGUUAAAGAGGGGAAAUAAUGAUGGUGAGACACCGCUUGUUGUUGCAUCACGCAAUGGUCAUCUUGAUGUAGUUCGGUAUCUCCAGAGUGAACAAGAAAAGAAAGAAGAAGCAUCACCUGAAGGUAAAAUUCGCAUUUUAACAGUAAUCACUAUUUCAUGUGAACAAGGGAUGAAUUUAUAG